GCGAAAGCUAAACCCGGCUCUCGCGGGAGGAAACGUGGUUUCGAGCGAGAACUUCUACCCCACCCUGCCCCCCCCCAAGGGUCACAUGACUGGCGCCUGCGUCCUAGACUCAAGGUCUUUCCUGGUCACCUACUGGCUGUUAACUCAGCUACAGGUCGUAGCGAGGUUCAUUCCGGAUAUAGACUCUUUAACUAGCCCUCCUUUGCGGAAGCCUGUCACAACCUAGCCGUCCACAUUUUAGCGGAAGUUCGUCACGUCGCGGUUGCCCCCGCACAGCGGAUGUGUGUCGCCGCUUAGGUGACGCUGGGAAGUGCUUGCAGCCUCCGCCGCUGGCUUCUGGUUGAAGCACUAUGGAGGGAGAGAGGAAGAACAACAACAAACGGUGGUAUUUUACUCGAGAACAACUGGAAAAUAGCCCAUCCCGUCGUUUUGGCCUGGACCCAGAUAAAGAACUUUCUAAUCGCCAGCAGGCAGCCAAUCUGCUCCAGGACAUGGGACAACGUCUUAACGUCUCACAAUUGACUAUCAACACUGCUAUAGUAUACAUGCAUCGAUUCUACAUGAUUCAGUCCUUUACACAGUUCCAUCGAAAUUCUGUGGCUCCAGCGGCCUUAUUUCUAGCAGCUAAAGUAGAGGAGCAACCAAAAAAAUUGGAACACGUCAUCAAGGUAGCACAUGCUUGUCUCCAUCCGCAGGAAUCACUUCCUGAUACUAGGAGUGAGGCUUACCUGCAACAAGUUCAAGAUCUGGUGAUACUAGAAAGCAUAAUUCUGCAGACUUUAGGCUUUGAACUAACAAUUGAUCACCCACAUACACAUGUGGUCAAGUGCACUCAGCUGGUUCGAGCAAGCAAGGACUUAGCACAGACUUCUUACUUCAUGGCAACCAACAGCCUGCAUUUGACCACAUUUAGCCUGCAGUACACACCUCCUGUGGUGGCCUGUGUCUGCAUUCAUCUGGCUUGCAAGUGGUCCAACUGGGAGAUCCCAGUCUCAACUGAUGGGAAGCACUGGUGGGAGUAUGUUGACGGCACUGUGACCUUGGAACUUUUAGAUGAACUGACACAUGAAUUUCUACAGAUUCUGGAGAAAACCCCUAACAGGCUCAAACGAAUUCGGAAUUGGAGGGCAUACCAGGCUGCCAGGAAGACAAAAGCAGAUGAUCGAGGAACAGAUGAAAACACUUCAGAGCAGACAAUUCUCAAUAUGAUUUCCCAGAGCUCUUCAGACACAACUAUUGCAGGUUUAAUGAGCAUGUCAACUUCUUCUGCAAGUGCAGUGCCUUCCGUUCCAGCCACUGAAGAGUCAUCCAGCAAUUUAAGCAAUGUGGAGAUGUUGCAGGGCGAGCGUUGGCUGUCCUCCCAACCUCCUUUUAAACUGGAACCUGCUCAGGGUCAUCGGACUAGUGAGAAUUUAGCACUUAUGGGAGUUGAUCAUUCUUUGCAACAGGAUGGUUCGAAUGCAUUUAUUUCCCAGAAGCAGAAUAGUAAGAGUGUGCCCUCAGCUAAAGUGUCACUGAAAGAAUACCGUGCAAAACAUGCAGAAGAGUUGGCUGCCCAGAAGAGGCAGCUGGAGAACAUGGAGGCCAAUGUGAAGUCACAGUAUGCAUAUGCUGCCCAGAAUCUCCUGUCACACCAUGAUAGCCAUUCUUCAGUCAUUCUAAAAAUGCCCAUAGAGGGCUCAGAAAACCCCGAGCGGCCUUUUCUGGAAAAGGCUGACAAAGCAGCUCUCAAAAUGAGAAUCCCAGUGGCAAGUGGAGAUAAAGCUGCCUCUUCAAAACCAGAGGAGAUAAAAAUGCGCAUUAAAGUCCAUUCUGCGGCUGACAAGCACAAUUCUGUAGAGGACAGUGUCACAAAGAGCCGAGAGCACAAAGAAAAGCACAAGACUCACCCAUCUAAUCAUCAUCAUCAUCAUAAUCACCACUCACACAAGCACUCUCACUCACAGCUUCCAGCUGGUACUGGGAACAAACGUCCAGGUGAUCCAAAACACAGUAGCCAGACAAGCACCUUAGCACACAAAACCUAUAGCUUGUCUAGUUCUUUCUCCUCUUCCAGUUCUACUCGCAAAAGGGGCCCCCCUGAAGAGACUGGAGGGGCAGUGUUUGAUCAUCCAGCUAAGAUUGCCAAGAGUACUAAAUCCUCUUCCAUAAAUUUCUCCUUCCCUCCUCUUCCUACAAUGGCCCAGUUGCCUGGGCAUAGCUCAGACACAAGUGGCCUUCCCUUUUCACAGCCCAGCUGUAAAACUCGAGUUCCUCAUAUGAAACUGGAUAAAGGGCCCACUGGGGCCAAUGGUCACAAUGCAACCCAAACAAUAGACUAUCAAGAUACUGUGAAUAUGCUUCAUUCCCUUCUCAGUGCCCAGGGUGUCCAGCCCACUCAGCCCCCUGCAUUUGAUUUUGUUCAUUCUUACGGUGAAUAUCUGAAUCCACGGGCUGGUGGAAUGUCCUCCAGAUCUGGCAAUACAGACAAACCCCGGCUACCACCUCUUCCAUCAGAACCUCCUCCACCACUUCCUCCCCUUCCUAAGUAAAAAAGAAAAAGAAGAGGAGAAAAAAACUUCCUUAAAAACAACUUUUUUUUUUUUUAAACUACUGAUUCUGGACUAAGGAAAUUACUUCCCUUAUGAAAUAUGUCACACUUCUUGGACUAGGGAAUAAGUAAUAUUGACAUGCAGGUGGGAGGGUGGUAGAGGGGCUUGGUUAUUAUAUCUACUGCCUCAGAAAUUGAACUAUUUUGUUAUAGUUUUUACUGGUAUUAGAGAGGUGAGAAUGUGUUGAAGCUGUGAAGGAUUAAGAAUACUUUCUCUGUUCUUGGCCUCUCCACCUCCUAAUUAGAUUGAUUAGAGUUGAUGUCUUCCCUCUUCUGGCCAGGACUGAAAUGUGGAGGGUUUGUUUUAUCAAACAGUUAUGGAUCCUUUUGGUGUUUAAUAUAUCAGAAGAGUGGAAGUAUUUAAACGUCAAAAUCUUUUAAGAGACUUUAAAAAAAUAAUUUAAAGAAAGUAAGUUAUCUGUUUAGUUUUUUUUAUAUCAUCCGGGGCAGGAGGGAAUAGGGAUUUUGCUGUGUGUAUGAGAUACAUAGCAAUGACUCCUGGGGGGUGGGAUUGGAGGGUGGGGGGGGCUGUAUAGGGGGGAUGGGAGGAUAGGCUUUUGCCCUUGAGUUCUGUCUGAUAGGCUCCGGCCACUUGAAGUGUUGAGACCUUUAAGUAUGUAAGUGUGGGUAUGUGUGGUUUUAAGCGUGUGUGUUUAAAAUCAUGUUUUAUCUUUCCCUCUCUGUCCCUCACCGUUUUCACUUCCCAACAGUCUACUAGAGAGAACACGGUGUGGCCUUUAGAGCAUAAAGGAAGGAAGAGGCAUGUGUUAGCUAGCAUGGUAUUUUCCCGUUUCUUUAUGUUGUAAUUGAGUGGUAACCUUCUAAAUUCUAGUUUGGGCAAGUGUAGCCAGUGGCCUGAUUCUGGACUCCAUUACAAAAACUUGCCUUUUACCCCCUUUUUCUUUUUGAUGCAGAAGAAAGGUGGGGUUGAGGAAGAAGGAUUGGAGAGCAAGGCUGGCUUCUGCCCUACAGAAUUGGGUGUGUCUUUUUUUUCAAGUUAGGCUUUGGGAAAGUGUUCAAGUGAGAGCAAUCUCAGGGUCUCUGAAGGGAAGGGGGAUGUGCUCUAUAUUCUGCCUCUGAAAGCCCAGACCAUAUAUGAGAAUAGUUCUGGGAGAAGCCAUGGACUUAGGGGAUACUGAAAACAAUGAAAUUGUGAUUGGGUAUUUUUAGGAUAUUGUAUUUUAAAUUGCAUUAUGAAUGUAAGACUUGCUUUUUUUUUUUUUGUAUAUCUGAAGGGAAACAGCUGCAUCCUUAAUUUUUGCAACCUUAAUUUUGCAACCUGAUUUCAGAGAUUGGAACUUGUGAAUUUAACAGUACUGGUGUCAUGAGGGUGAGCAAGCCUAGCCCACAGAUGCAGGUUGUCCAUCUUUGGUGGCUUUAGUUUCUAGGCAGGGGUUUUUCAGUAGAUUUCUAAGAGUCGUUAAAAAAAAAAAAAAUCAGGAGUCAUGGGUGCUUGAUUAUCCCAGAUUUCUGGAUAACUGGUGUUCAGGAUGCCAAUACUCAAAGCUCAACACUUGUUGAGGAAAGAAAUCUCAAGGGACUAGAAAGAAUUCUAAGCCAGGUUGUCUAACUAAAAAUGCCACUAAGCCACAGAUCAUUUGAUGUGGUGUUCUUUGGUCUUCACGGUAUUUUUUGCUAUGGAAAAGAUGAUGCAAUUUGAAUUUGUCUUGCUGUUUUUAGUGCAGCUUCCUUUACACCAAAUAUUCUGUAUAGAAAAAUUGAAUAUUUUUCAUUGGAAGUUAUAGGGAGAUAGGAGUUGUACAUGUGCUGCUGCUUGCCAGGAACAGGUUGAGGAGAAAACUGAGGCAGUUGGAGUUGUUGAUGCACUGGCCUAAUACAGGAAGGAAUUUGUACAGUAAAUCUUAAGGUGAAUUAAUGUCCUGCAUCUCUGCAUAUUUGAACUGUCUAGGGUGCCUGCCAUUGCUAUGUAAAAUGAGCACUCUGCUGACCUAUAAACCAGUAAUAUUUAGAAUGUUACUUCAUUUUCACUGAUGGCAUUUUCCUCUAUACCCCUGGUAUUUUCUGUUGUGCUAGGUGGUUGGUAGAAGUGUGAUGUGUUUACUAAAUCUAGGCUUUCUAUUUGUUUAGAUUUUGUUUGGUGAAGUCUGCUUUCCUUCCUGAACUUCCCAAAAGUUUAUUUAGUUUGGAUCUAUAUCUGUGUGGAAUUGAUCAUUGAUUUGAUUAUGAAAAUGUCUUUUCCAGUGUUCAAGAUUUUCUCACCAAAUGUCACGUAUAUUCUAAUUGUGUGCACUCCUUCACCACAGAGGCAGACAUAUCCACUUGGCCUCAAAGCAGUUCUCCAUGGCAUCUGUGGUUAGUUCCUUAGACCUUUUGUCAGGAGUGAACUAGAAAAAGUGCUUACUAGAGCCUAAGAACUGCUUUGUGCUGUGCAGUCUGGCCUUUGCACUAGUAGUUCAUUGCUGAUGUAGGUCAAUUUAAAGACUUCUGUAUUAAUGCCUCCUGAUACUGUUUUAAGAUAUCUACAGUGUCUGCUUUUAGAUCUCUGUAUAUGUCCUGAAUGUCCUGUGUGCCCUGCAUGAAGUUGCUGCAUUUGGGUUAGCAGAUAGGCUUGUCAACUAGCAUGCAUAUUUUUCUAAUUACAUAGACCUAGGCUUCAAAGGGUUGUGUUGUUUCUAAAACUCUAUUUUCUCUAUGCUCACACCUUUGAAGGAUGAGAAGUGGAAUUUAUACAUCCAAAGUUAGUCUAGUUAAACAUGGCUUUUUUCCUCCUUUUAACCUAGACUAUCAAGGAUAAGUGGUGGUAAGCAGGCCUGGAGCCUCAAGUUCUAUAAAUCUCAUUACUAAAACCUUGCGCGACUCUUAUGUUGUCAAAAACAAACACCUGUGGAAUGUCCUUAGGGCUUUUAAUCAGAUACCUGUGUUGCUGUUGGCUGAACUCCAGUGAAGCAUUAAUUUAAAGCUAAAUUGUUCUUCUGCAACUUCAGUUAUGCUUUUUCGGUUUAGAAAAUAUGUAGGAAUUAGUCUAAGCUGCUCACUCAUGAAUCAGUGUGUUUCCAUAUCUGAGACUCUCAGCUUCCUUUUUUUUUUUUUUUUUUUAAUGAUUCUGUGUUUUGAUUCAGUGUGUCAUUUUUCAUAGUUCUGUAUUAUUGGCUUCACCAGUGUUGAUAGAAAAAAUUUUUUUUAAAUCUCCAGUUGGAAACAGCAAGGGAUUAGGAUAUAGAAAUAAAAUCAUGGUAACAUCAGUGCUGGAUUUCCUUAAGCUUCUGCUACCUAAUUCCCCAUGUUGAAAAUGCAUACCCCUCAUACUUUGCUUUUGGACAAAGGCAAUUAGAGGGGCCUUAGCCCAGUACGGUAGGAUUUUAAAGAUCUUUGCCUCCUAGGGAGGGAAGGAGGGAGGAAAAGGAAAAAAAAAAGAUCUUUGCCUCCCCUCCCCCAAAUAAAUGUGGGAACUUGGGAACAGAUUAAUUUUUUAAAAGGAUUAUUCUAGUAUCAGUUAUUUUGAUACUAAUGCUAGGAAAAGGGAUAUUCUAGAACAUCUUGAAGUUGGAAUACAAAUAUUAUCUUGGGUUUUGGAGAAUUUAAGCAGUCUAUGCAACCCUUUACAUGGUGAGAAAUAAGCCCUUUGCAGUCCCAACUAAGCUUUCAGUGACUUUAAUACCUCCCUAGAUUUCCUGUGUUGCUGCUUGUUAACACCCAGCUUUUAACUGAGUGUUUGCUCCUGAUGGUUUGAGAAAUGUUCAUGUUGUAUCACACUAUCAAGUUUUAUUUUGUCUUUUAUCCCUCUGUGGGUGUAAGUUUGAAACAAGCAUGGUACUGUAAUCCUACCUGAUAGAGUGGUCUGGAAUGAGAAUUAUUUUCUAACUGGGAGACCCUUCCAUUUUAAUGUUUGUAAAGUUUUUAAUAUGAGCUUGGCAUUGGAAAAGGGAGGGAAAGAAAAUGUUUACUAAAAAGCAGUGUCUGCUCUUCCCCUUUAUGCGUGCAUAUUUAUGGUUGAAUGAAAAGAUGAGAAAGACUCUUGGGUUUUCUGUGUCCAUGUUAAGCAUGGAGAGGGAUGCUUGACAGCAUGCUAAUUGAAGCCAGAGCAAGUAUGUCUCCAUCAGGUUAUCAGGAACUCUUCAGUUGAAUGCUGAGGACCUAACUAGUUAAUGGUAGAUCACAUUGGAAUUGGUUGCAAGAUGGAAGUGCUGUCUGGGUUAAGCACCCAAAGAAAAGAAUGCAGCAGCCUAACAUAGUGUUAACCUAGGUUUCUGGGUUUGAAACUGACCUUUCCCUUACCCUACUCUGCACACCUGAAACUGUCCGUUUUCUUAUCAGACCAAAGAGCAAAGAAGAAAAAAAAGAGUAAAAUACUUUACCAAUCUAUGUCACUCAGGUACAAUUUUGUGGUAAUAUUUUUGUCUGUUUUCUUUGUAUUGCUCUAAAGAGUCCUUUCUCAGCAUACUACUCUGCUGUUGCCUCUGUCCUCCUUGGGGCACCUCAGUUCUGGAUGCUACCCCUGGGAUCUCUACUGCUGUUAUGUGAUUGAUAGGAUGUAAGUGACCAUUACAGUAAGGGCUCUUUGUAAAAAAUUCAAACACAUUUUUAAAAAAUUUAAAAAAGGAUGUUGUAUACAUUUUAUAGUCUGGCUAUCAGUUUGAUAUCUUGCUGUCAAGUAUGUUUCUCAAUCUGUAUUUAUCCAUCCCAUCAAUAAAUGUUAAUGAUAAAACACUCA